CUCACCUUUGGUGACUGUGCUUAAUUAUUUUCGCAAAUAUCCUGUUAUUUUGGUCGAUAUUCCUACACAAACAGAUUGUUUUCUAUCAACUGAUACGUCAGGUAAGUCGGUAAGGAUGUAUUGCGUUGUUCAGUGGGUAUUUAGUGCUGUUCGUAGGAUCAAAGUGCUGAUGACUCGAGUCAUUUGGAAACGACGCUGUCACGAAAUAAUCUGUAACAUCUACGAAGCGAAGAUAAAUAUACCAGUAAAUUAUAAUAUAAAAGCAUUAUUCUAUACAUUUACGCUUGUUUGCCUGUUCUAGCUUGUCAAACAAUUAAAUAGUGCAGUGUAUUGGAGAACUUUGGUAAAGUGAUGCGAUUACUGAUGCUUUAGUAGUUUACCAAACUGAAGAAUAUUUAACAGAGCAAAAUCAUGCUAGGCCAUUUUAUUGAUUAGGAAAUGAUUUUCAUUCAAAGUCUGUUGUCUGGUUCAUCUUGUUUUUCCCCUCAGGAAGCCCAAGGUUAAAAAAUCUGAGUAUUCAAAUGGAGUCAGGUAACCAUAUAAAAAGAGAGGACAUGGACUCAGAUGAAACAGAGUCAGAUUGGUUUGGAUAUGCUUGUGAAUCUGGAGAGAUUUUGUUUCAUUACAACAUUAAGACUGGAGAACACAGAUGGAACAGAAAUUCUACUCACUGUGAGCAUCCUCAGAGUACAGACCAAUGAUGUACCAGAUGUACGAAAUGAACUGUGCAGUGUGGCUACACAGACUGAAGACUACGGMUGUGUCAAUCAAUGUACCUCAAUGUAUGUGGACAAUGAACGACAAAUGGAAAAUAGAGAGAUCGAAAGCAACAAAAUAAAAGAGGAAGUAAGCGAUGAUGAUGAUGCUAGUGAUGUCAAUGAGCAGAACACGUUCAAUAACACUGAUGUUGACAAGAACCUUGAUGAAGUUAGUGAAGACUAUGAGAUGGAUGAGUCAUUGAGUACCAUAGUUACCAAGAUAAUAGAAAAGGAGAUUGUGCAAAAUGUACAACCCCAGCACGAAAGUGAUACCAAGACUUAUGACUGCUCUUACUGCAGUAAAACAUUUAAGUGGAAAGCUAACCUUGUUGUUCAUGUACGAACACAUACCGGUGAAAAGCCAUAUAAAUGUUCGUAUUGUGAUAAAGCAUUUACACAGAAUGCGUCUCUCAAAUGCCACUUACUAUUACAUACAGGUGAAAAGCCAUUCGAAUAUUGGUAUUGUGAUAAGGCAUUUGCAGAGAAAGCAGCAUUAAAUACCCAACUACGAACAAAUACGGGGGGCGAAAAGCCAUUUGAAUGUUCCUCUUGUGAUAAAGCAUUUACUACGAAAACAAAAUUGAAAAUCCAUCUACGAACACAUACCGGAGAGAAGCCAUAUAAAUGUUCGUAUUGUGAUAAAGCAUUUGCACAAAAAGGUGAUCUCAAUCGCCACCUAAGAACACAUACCURUGAAAAGCCAUAUGAGUGUUCGUAUUGUGAUAGAGCAUUUUCACAGAAAAAUCAUCUCAAUGAUCAUCUAAGAACACAUACCGGUGAAAAGCCAUAUAAAUGCUCGUAUUGUGAUAAAGCAUUUGCUAGGAAAACGUCGUUGAAAAUCCAUUUACAAACACAUAUCGGUGACAACCCACAUAAGUGAUCUUAUUGUGAUAAAGCA